AUGGCGAACACUGUCCCGCAGAGCGGGCGCGCCGGCGGCGGCAGAAGGUGGCGCGCCCCCACGCGCGGCAACCUCCUGACCUUCCUCCUCGCCGCGAUGCUCUGCUCCGCGGCCUACUGCCUGGGGUUGGGGAUAUGGCACAACAGCCGCGGCGCCGCGGACAGCCGCGUCCUCGAGCCCAGCGCGGUCGGCGCUACCUCGUCCUGCGGGGGCGGCGCCGACGAGGAGCUCGACUUCGAGGCCCACCACGUCGCCGAGAGCGCCGGGCUGUCCGUGUCCGCGUCGUCCGCGGCGGCGGCGAGGACGACCGGCGCCCAGCGGGCUUUGCGCGACACCGGGACGGCGCUCGCGACCCGGGGCAUGGCGCGGGCAUGGAACCCGGUUGCCGGUGCGGAGGCCACGGCCGCUGGGCAAUAG